AUGGUCGUGGUCGUGCUAAGGGAAUCAAGGAAUGGGUGUACAGGAGCAAAGCUAAAUGUAGAGUUCAAUGCCAUGUUUCAGCCACUUAAUAAACUAGGACGGUCAUUUAAGGGGCAGUUGGGUCAGAUUGUGCGCAAUCCACACCGAGUUCCUCUAACUUAUCUUAGUUGGGGCUCAGUACCUGAAGAUAUUGUGGAAGGCAUUUGGAAGGAGGUUCAGACUAGCUAUCACUACAAACCCUACAAGCGUUUUAAAGAUGAUCCAAAUAUCAAUGAAAAAGUGCCUUUGGACAUUUUGCCAGAACAAUGGAGGGUGAUGGUGGAGUAUUGGAGUAGUAAAGAUGCAAUGAAGAUUGCUAGUCGUAAUUCUAAAAAUCGAGAGCUGCGUGGUCCAGUGCAUAGGACCGGGAGAACACCCUUUGCCGAUGUACGACAUAAGAUGAUGACUGAUGGAGAGAGCACUAACAAAAUGAGUGUCUUCAUGAAGACACGCAUGAUAACUGAUCCAGAUGUGAAAUUAUUUUUGGAUGAGUAUAAUGAGCAACUCUCAAUGAUAGACGAGCCCCUCAGGACAGAAGAGGUACAAGAUAAGAUUUUCCAUAACCUAGUAGGAAAGGAUGGACACGGAUAUUGCAAGACUUAUGGGAUAGGUGUGCCUCGAAGUGCAGUGUACAAAAAAGAUGUCAGUCCAUCACAAGCAUCCUCAUCAUCGACUGUUGAGGAGAUCACUCAACAAGUACGCCAAACAGUUACUGAAGAGAUCGAGCAAAGGCUGACGGUUGAGAUUGAGCAAAGGGUCACUGAGAAGUUGAAGGCAGAGUUCGAGCAAGUUAGAGCUUGGAUGGACUUCAUAAGGUCCCAAGGUGGCCUAAGUGGUAUACAGGUUCCAAAUGCCUCUAGUGGACGUCAACAAGUCAGGAAGUCUGUAGGAGAUCAUGAUAGUCAAGAUGAUGAGUUGUUGGGUUCUCCUGUGCAGGUUUUGCAUGAAGACUGAUAGAUGAAUUAAUGGUGGCAUGGAAGCUAAUUUUAUUUUUGGACAUAUUAUAUUAUGGCUUGAGAUGUCAAGCUUUUUGUACUUAAUAUUUAUAACAUAUUGCUACCAUACUAUUUGUAUUGAUGUAACAAAUUUUUUGUUAAUAUUUUGAUGUCAAUGAAGCUAA